AUGGGUUUGCUAGAUCAGCAAGUGGCUCUACGUUGGGUGCAUGAACAUAUUGAUUUUUCUGUUGUUCUUUCUGUGUUCAUCCAAAGCCGAGUGACGUUGUUUGGUGAAUCGGCUGGCUCUGCAUCAGCCACUGCUCACAUUGCCGCACCAGGCAGCCAUCCAUACUUCAACAAGAUAAUCGCCAACAGCGGAACGAUACUCAACUCGUGGGCAAGUCGAACGCCAGACACCAUGCUCGAGUUGUCAUUAAGGCUUGCAAAACGGCUCAAUUGUACAACGAGAAGCACGGAUGCCACAGCGAUACACAAUUGUCUACGUGCAGCUCCAGCCAGUGUUAUACAGGUGAGAAAGGCGUCCUAG